AUGACGACGCGGGAGUCGGGAGAGACGCGACCGAGACGCGCGGAGACGACGAUGGAGGGCGAGGGCGGGUGCGCGGCGACGGCGACGCGGACGACGAACGCGCAGGGCGUGCACACGGUGUCGAUCGCGCUGAAGACGCUGCCGAAGGGAGUGGCGAACGCGAGGGAGGUGACGUUUCAUUGGGGGGUGAUGCGGGAAAAGACGGGGAAGACGUGGCAGGUGUUGCCGAGCGAGUUGCACCCGCCGAACACCGAAUAUUACAAGGGCGACAAGGCGAUGCGGAGCGCGUUUCCGGUGUGGGGACCGGUGAACUUAGUGCUCGAUCCGCAGGCGAAGAGCGUCGCGUUCGCGCUGUACGUCGAAAAGACUGGAGAGUGGAUCAACGCGGUCGGGGGUGGGAAUUUCGAGAUCGACCUCGCGGCGGAAACGCCGUCGACGGCGGUCAAAGCGGCGGCGAGCGCCGUCGAAGCGCCCGCGCCGACGCCGAAGGAGGAAAUCCUGAAGACGGCGCCGAAGGUGACUGUGAAGGCGACGGCGACAGAGAUGACGAGUGCACUCACCGAUCCCAUCGAGCUUCUCAUCGCGGACAUGGCUCGUGUGGAAUGGGAAGCCGUCGGACGUCCGGGCCUCGACGCCCAGACUCGGGACGACAUGCUCAGGCGCGCGGCGGAUCAAAUCAAAAGUAAGCUCGCCGAGGGUAUGAGUUUUGAGCAAAUCGCGGCCGGUGACGCUAGCGUGAAGAGUGUUCCCAAGGUUGUCGCGACUGAAGCGCCCAAGGUGGUUGCGAAGACGAUUGAGACGCCAAUCGCGACGAAGAAGUUUUCCCUCGAGGAUUUCCAGGCUGUCGCGCAGGACAGAGCGACCGACGACACGAACGUCAAGUGGAAUAAACUGUACGAAGAAGGUGGUACGACGAUAUUCGUGGAGGCGCGAGAAGUGAAUGGUAGUGGGAUCCAAUUACACGUCUUGGCGGACUCCAAAGACGAUCUUAUCAUUCAUUGGGGCGCGACGACGACGACGGAUGGCUCAUGGAAACCGCCGCCGCACGGUUUCAGCACUCAACCCUCUCGUUCAUGGGCUUCCUCGGGCAGCAGUUGGGAGACUGAGCUCGAACGCAUCAGUCCCAAUCUUCGAGCGGUGACUUUGGAUGUGCCGUUGGAUGUAAAAGCGCGCGAGGGCAUCAUCUUUGUGCUACGAACAACGUCAAACAAAUGGAUCAAGAAUGGUCGAGACGACUUUUUUGCCUCCCUCGAGGGUUCGGUUCUCGAGCGUCCGGCUAAGACGGAGAAAAAGUCGGAGCGUCGCAAAGAUUCCCAACAAGAUCGAUCGCGUAAAGAGAGCCGUAGCGAACCAGUCGUCGUCAAAGUCGCGAAGAAGGAGAAGCCUGCGCCAAUCAAGCGAGACCGCUGGGACGUCGACGACAUCGCGCUCGAUCAGGGCGUAUUCCAAAACUUGGGCGGUUUUGUCGCGCAGGAUAUGGUUGACAGGAUUUGUGGCGAAGAAUCGGGUGCAACACGAUCUUUGAUGCAUCGAUACAACGCUGGCGCAGACAUGUUGGGCGCAAUGCACGGCGCGGGCGAACCCGGACUCACCGCCCUCUUCUGUUGGUUCCGCUUCAUGGCGUUGAGACAGUUGGUCUGGAAUAACGAUUACAACAUCAAGCCACGAGAAAUUAGUGCAGCGCAGGCGAGAAUGACAGAGGGUCUGAGUGCGAUUUACAGACAAGAUCCUGAGUACAGAGACAUCGUGCGUCUCAUCAUGGCUACGAUUGGCAGAGGUGGCGACGGAGACGUCGGUCAGCGCAUUCGAGACGAGAUUCUUGCCGUUCAGCAAAAGAACAACUGCAAGGGUGGAAUGAUGGAAGAGUGGCAUCAAAAGUUGCACAACAACACGUCGCCGGACGAUGUUCCUAUUUGUGAGGCGUUGCUCAAAUUUAUUGCGGCAGAUUGCGACAUCAGCGUUUAUUGGGCGCACCUUCACGCCAACGGCAUUGACGCCGCGCGGAUGAAAGCUUACGACCGCCAAAUUUGUAGCGAACCCAGCUUCUCUCGAGAUCAAUACGAAGGUUUGACGGCUGAUUUGACCGAGUAUCUUCGCACGCUGAAGGCGGUGCACUCUGGUGCUGAUCUUGAUUCAGCCGCAGAGGCGUGCCUCGGUUACCACCAAGAUGCGUGCAAAGGUAAGGAGAUCAAUAUUCCUCCGAUUCGUGAAGUUGCGAGCGAACGUCUGGAAGAGCUCUUAUGCGCAGCGCGAGAGUUACGUUCUGAAGAUCCUUUGCUCGCGCUCGAAGCGAUGAUUGAGGCGAGAAGAUACCUUUGGACGUGGACUCGUCCCGGCGGAAAAUCAAACGAUCGCAUCAAGGAUGUCAUUUAUCUCGAUCUUGCGUUAGAAGGUGCGGCGCGUUCGGUCAUCGAAGGAUCUCUUGAAUCUUUGCCUACUCGAGCUCCUUACGAAGUUUUGAGAAUCAUGAGCCUCGUCCUCGAGAAUCUUUGCAUGUCUGCAAGCGGCAACCACGAGUUGCGCAUUUGCCUGAAAGAGUGGCAAAAUGUGCUUGAAGCAGCGAGACGCCAAGGAGAUUGGGCUUUGCAGGCAAAAGCGGUGUGCGAUCGACUGCAAAACUCGCUUGGCGAAAUUUCUCAGCGCUAUAUUGACGCACUUCAGCCGACGGCACAGAGCAUGGGAAACAAGCUCGGUGUGGAUGGACACGUGCUCGACCUGUUCUCGGAAGAAAUCAUCCGUGGAACUGCAGCGGCGCCACUUUCUCAAAUGCUCAGAGUUCUCGACCCAGUUAUUCGUAAUGUUGCGAACAUGGGCAGCUGGCAAAUCGUCAGUAACGCCGAGUGUAGUGGCGUGAUUGUUUCGGUCGCAUCCCUCGCCGAUGUGCAAAAUGUCAAGUAUUCUCAACCGACUGUCAUUAUUGCCGACCGCGUUGGUGGCGAAGAGGACAUUCCGGUUGGCGUGGUCGCGAUCGUUACUCCUGAUAUGCCAGAUGUGCUGUCUCACUGCGCCGUUCGCGCCCGUAACGAAAAGGUUCUUUUCGCUACUUUGUUUGACGUGAAUGUUCUAGAACAGAUGAAAGCCAUGACCGGGAAAUCCGUGCAACUCAAGCCGUCUGCGCAGGGCGACGAUUUGCAAUUCGAUGUUGUCGACGGCAUCAUCGGUACCGACGCGGAGGUCAUAGCAACAUCGUCGAGCGAUUCCGUUUCGAGUGACAUAUCGAUCAUCAAACGUCCGUUUCAAGGAAAAUUUGUCGCCACGUCAUCAGAGUUUACCCCAGAGCUUGUCGGCGGCAAAUCUCGAAACUUGCAACUCCUUCGCGGUCGAGUCUCAAACCUCAUAAAGUUACCGCCGUCCGUUGCGAUGCCUUUUGGUACGUUCGAUGCAGUUCUUGAUGUCCCUGAGAAUGCAGGCGCAAAGAGACAAAUUGCAGAGUUAGUCAAACAACUUGAAGCGUACGACUCCACAGACGGCGUUGGCUUCAAAGCACUCAUUGCGGAAGUCAAGGCAUGUAUCGCCACUUUAAAACCGACGGCCGACCUGUCGAAAAGUUUGAAAGUCGCCUUCGAAGCCGAAUCACUCGGUUGGCCGGGAGAUCUCGUGACGAGCGCUCAAGGUCAAAAGGCAUGGAAGACGAUUCUUGGCGUAUGGGCAAGCAAGUACAACGAGCGAGCCGUUUUGAGUUGCAAAAAGGCAGGGCUGAAUCACGCCGAUUUGUCCAUGGCUGUGCUUUGUCAGCCCGUCGUUCGUGCGCGAUACGCAUUCGUACUGCACACAGUGAAUCCACAAAACAACGACAAGAGCGAAAUUUACGGUGAGCUUGUGUGUGGUCUGGGCGAAGCGCUCGUCGGUAACUUUUCUGGUCGAGCAUUGUCAUUCAAGACAUCCAAGAGCAAUUUGGAUAAUCCGACCGUCGUCGGGUUCCCUUCGAAGUCAAAAGGACUUUUCAUGGAGCAAGAUUCACUUAUUUUCCGAUCCGAUAGUAACGGCGAAGACCUGGAAGGGUUCGCCGGUGCGGGCUUGUACGAUAGCAUCACCAUGGAGGAGGCAACGUUGAAAAACGUCGACUACUCCACCGACAGCCUCAUUACGGACGAAACCAAGCGACAAAAGCUUUUAGCGACCAUCUCCAAGGUUGCACUAGAGAUUGAGACACUUUGUGGGUCUCCUCAAGACAUUGAGGGCGCGAUAUCUGAAGAUGGGCAGCUCUACAUCGUUCAAACGCGACCUCAAGUGUAG